AUGAAAGUGCCUGCCCCUCCCAAAGCCAACACCAAAGCCAAAGCAAAAACACUGAAGGCCAAGAAAGUGGUGCCAAAAGGUGUACUGAGUCACAAAAGAUCCACAUAUCACCUACCUUCCCAUGACCCAAGACACUGCAUCUCCAAAGGCAGCCCAGAUAUUCUGGAAAGAGCACCCCCAAGAGAGACAAGCUUGACCACUAUGCCGUCAUCAAGUUCCCCCCUGACCACAGAGUCAGUCAGGAAGAAAAUAGAAGACAACAACACACUUGUAUUCAUUUUGGAUGUCAAGGCCAACAAGCACCAGAUCAAACAGGCUUUGAAGAAGCUCUAUGACACAUUGACAUGGCCAAGGUAA